AUGUCUGGUCGCAGUAAGGGUGGUAAAGGCUUGGGGAAAGGCGGUGCCAAGCGCCAUCGUAAAGUGCUUUGGGAUAACAUCCAAGGUAUUACCAAGCCAGCGAUUCAUCGCUUGGCUCGACGCAGGGUAGUGAAGCGUAUUUUGGGCUUGAUCUACGAAGAGACCCGGGGAGUGCUGACGGUGUUCUUAGAGAACAUGAUCCGCGAUGCUGUCACUUACAUUGAACAUGCCAAGCGAAAGACUGUAACAGCUAUGGAUGUGGUUUAUGCCUUGAAGCGCCAGGGUCGUACUCUCUAUGGUUUUGGCGGCUAAACGAGUUACUAAA